AUGGGUCGCAUCCACAAGGGCGAUCGCCCCGACGCGGCAUCUUCACAUUCGCUACAUUCCAUCGAAGAUGACCUCCCACCCCCUUACACUGACGAACCUGACUUCAUUCCUCCCAUUUCAACCUCUAACCCCGCUCCGGGCGUUGCUCCUCUUCCACUUCACCUUCGACUGGUGGACUCCGCAUACAUUCUUCCUGACUCCAACAUCAAGGCCGAUGACAAGCGCGCCAUCUCCAUUGCGCCGAGCUUCUCGCGCAACAGCGAUGAGCUCUUCUACGCUAUUCGCCGGCAGAUGAAACUGCCCCCGCGACCACUACUUUGGAUCAAGGGCUCACACACCGAAUCAAAUAACGAUAAGAAGCAGAAGGGAAGCAACAGCGUUACCGACUUUGAAUUCAAGCUUGAUCUUGCCGAGACCAUGCUGAGUGGGUGGGAGGCGGACACACGAGGACCCUGGAAAUGGACGGAGGAAGAAGUGCUCAAUGACGAGGAUUAUAAGCCUGCUUUCCGCGGUGGAAGAAUCAAGUCACGCACUUAUAAGGCGCCGUGUUGUCCGCGUCCUCGUGGCGAGGACAGCGAUGCCCUUCUCGCCUCAGAUGCAGGCAUUGGUGCCGAUGGCUCUGAUGAGCAACCCGCCACAUCAAAUGAGGCUAAUUUGAAAUUAUGGUGUGAACGGUUUUGCAAUGAUCCGUCCCCUGUUAAAUCAUUUACUCUCCAUCGCCAAAUUUCAGGCUUCGAUUGGAAAGCGAUGCGCAAUGUCCUUGCUUCACAUAUUCGCUCCCUCAAUUACCUCGGCUCGGUCGAUUUCUCUUUCACUAUAGCUCAGCAAUCGGUCACUAUCUACUCUCCCCAUUGGAUCAACCGCCUACGUGCGAACCGCUACAUCUGGUGGGUUUUCGUUAUUCUCCAGCUGUGGAUUAUCACAUGGCCAAUCAUCUGGUUCCUUGAGAAGCGUUACGAGCUGGUUCAUACACGUUGGCAUUCUUCGAUCUCCCUUGAUCCUCACUCUGGAUUGGUUAAGGAUUACGCUCGCGGUCGGGACGAAGCCACUUUGGGAGAAUUUUGGGGACCUGCUGUCAAACGAAUGGCGUGGAGUCAAAGAUGUGGACAAGGAAAUACUCUAACCAGGAUGGACGCGGAAAGGGUCCAGGGAUUGGAUACCGAUCAGCUUCUUGGUAUCCAGCGCGGCGAUUCCGAGGCAGAGCGUGAGAGACGGGAGCGAGUCAACAGAGGCGAUGCUGGGUUCGUUGACCAUAUGGUGGGACUUGUCCGGGGAGUUGGAGAAGUCGGACAAAGUUGGAGAUUGACGGCGGGAUGGGGUGCCAAUUCUUAA